AUGGUUCGGCUGGAGAAUGUACCCAUCCAGAAUGUACCCAUCCAGAUUGUACCCAUCCAGAUUGUACCUGUCCAGAUUGUACCCUUCCAGAUUGUACCCUUCCAGAUUUCACCUGUCCAGAAUGUACCUGUCCAGAUUGUACCUGUCCAGAUUGUACCCAUCCAGAAUGUACCCUUCCAGAUUGUACCCUUCCAGAUUGUACCUGUCCAGAUUGUACCUGUCCAGAUGUCACCUGUCCAGAUUUUACCCUUCCAGAUUGUACACAUCCAGAAUGUACCCUUCCAGAUUGUACCCUUCCAGAUUGUACCUGUCCAGAUUGUACCUGUCCAGAUUUCACCUGUCCAGAUUGUACCCUUCCAGAUUGUAUCUGUCCAGAAUGUACCUGUCCAGAUUGUACCUGUCCAGAAUGUACCUGUCCAGAUUGUACCUUUCCAGAUUGUACCCAUCCAGAUUGUACCUGUCCAGAUUGUACCUGUUCAGAUUGUACCCUUCCAGAUUGUACCCUUCCAGAUUGUAUCUGUCCAGAAUGUACCUGUCCAGAUUGUACCUGUCCAGAAUGUACCUGUCCAGAUUGUACCUUUCCAGAUUGUACCCUUCCAGAAUGUACCUGUCCAGAUUUUACCUGUCCAGAUUGUACCUGUCCAGCUCCAGGUCGUCCAGCAGAACCACUUCAUAUAA